CUAAAGUAUUGCAGCAUGGCAGCUUUUCCACCUUUUGAUCAGCUGCAGCAUCUCAUUCUUGCUCUAAGUUUGGAUCAGGUAAGAGCUUUUCCUUCCUCUUUGUUUUCAUCUAGAACACAUUGUCGACAAUGGUGGUGUGGAAGCAUUGCUCACACUCUCGUUCGAGUUAGAAUCAACAAGUACAGAAAUAGAGUAGCUCAGGUACGCAUUUCUUCCAGUUUCUCUCCUGUUAAUAGUAAGCUAGUGCAGGCAGGGAAUUUCUUGGUGGAUGGGAAUUUUUCCCGUGACUACACAUUCUCACCUUCAAAAGAAUGGCUCGCUAAAUGUCCAAGCUGGGACAAGUUUCGUGGAUUUCGAGUUCCAGGAAGGAAGUUAAAACUGGAAAGCUAACUUCGUAAGAACUAAGUUCGCGGUUUAUGGCACAAUUAUGCAUGCGUUGCAUUCGGACUUGCAGAAGGGGGACUAUCAAACAUCCAACAGGUGAUUGAUUGAAGCUGGAUUCACAGUUUCAAAUAAACUUUCCCGCAACUGGA